GCGCUUAGCUUGGGAGAGAGGCCGGAGAAUCUGUCUGGGGUUGGCAAUGCGAGCUGUCGGCUGUCAUAAGGCUGCGGCAAACCAACGUGGCUGGAGCUGAUGAGAGACAAAGAUGUGGCAAACCGUUCUAUGUAUAGGCCAGUCUGGGGGAGCUGCGGCCAAGCUGAUUUGGCGAUGGUUGCCUCUUGUGUAUGUAUAUGUCUGCGCCACAGCCUUGGCUUGUCCUUUUGCUCUGCGUGUAGCGGCGAGACUUAUCACGAUAGCAUCUUUUUUCGGUAAUAUCCAUGCCAGUCCGUGCUGCUGUCCCAUAUACAUGCAGGUAGGCUAUUGCUUCCUACCUAGUAGUAGUACUACCAAGUAUAACAUAAUAUACACCCCCCCGUUCAGCAUCCGCCGUGUUCCCUCGCCGUUUCACCGCUCGGCAUCUCGCCUGUACUCAGCUGCUCCCAUCGUCUGUCGUCUAUCCACUGGAGACGCUGGAAUGGUGUGGCGGCCGGGCGGUUCCACAGCCGUGCUGAUCCCGCUGCGGAGCCCACUAAGAGCUUGACCGGCGAAUUAUACGGCACAAAGUGUGGAUGGCUGCAUCAUGCAGAGGAUAUGCGGACGCCUUGUUUUGUGUGCUGUGUUGUUGCGUGGUGCUUUGGGUGAUCUGGCAAUGUAGAGCAUAAGGCACUAUGCAUCUGGCUGCCCUUGAUUGGUAGGCCUCGCCUCGGCAUAUGCUAAGCCUAUUGGCCGGCAGUGGAGUCUCAACCGUAAGACCACUUACAUGCUGCAUGCACCAAUGGC